UGACGUGUGCUGUUGGACAAUUUUUUUUUCAUUCUUUUCACUCACUCCGCCCGUGGGCGUUGCACUCUGGCAUUCUCCUUUUUUUCGUGAUGUAGUAGUAUUAACGUAUUUUGUACAUUAUCUCUCAUUAUGAUUGCUCAUAAGGGAUAGUUGUCUGUUACUCUGAAAAUGUUUGAUCCGUAGGGCUGUAUCAUGGAGACCUAAGGCGUGGAUACAGACUAAGACCCCAGAUUUCCUUUCAGUCACAGUCAAGGAUGUGUCCUUAUCCGAAUUGCCUGGACUGCUCCAUGUGCUACUAACUAUUGUAGUAUAUCUUGUCCUGCCCUAAAUUUCUACAUCAGCAGUUAAACCACUAUUCAUCUCAGGGAUACCAUCUGCUUUUGUCUUGCACGUUUGAAUCAUGGAGAGCUCUUCAGUUGCUUCAGCCUCAUCAGAAGCAGGAAGUACUCGUUCCCAGGAAAUUGAAGAACUGGAGAGGUUCAUCGACAGCUAUGUUCUGGAAUAUCAAGUGCAAGGAAUACUAGAAGACAAACCAGAUGGUGAUGGUGAUGGGGAUGAUGACAAAGUUCCUUGCAGUGUGUCUCCAUGGACAGAAGAGUAUACUGACCAGUUGGAUGGAAGUUGUCCAUCAAAAGGAAGGAGAUCACCUAAAGAGUACCUUCAGAAUGGGACUAGAGAAGAUCCAAUCUGUGAUGUACUAGGUACUGAUAUCUGGACAACUGGAACCAAUGAUUCCAUGAGUGGUGCCACAUGGGACCUACAACCUGAAAAAUUGCGUUUCACAUCAUUCUACAGAAGGCCUUACCGCAAAUACCACUUCCCUCACAUUGACAGAGAAGGGUUGGGAAAAGGGAAGACUGACAGCAGCGGUGGCAUUUGUUUGACUGACAUGGAAAAGGCCCUUCCCACUUGGCAGGAUUACCACCAAAUGCCUCAUGAAGCAGAAAUUGCACAAACCAAAAAACUGUUCAGAAGAAGAAGAAAUGAUCGUAGGAAGCAGCAGAGGGCACAAGGAGGAAAUAAACCACAACAGCAACAGCAGCAGCAACACCAACAGCAGCCACAGUCACACCAGAAUCAAACAGAGCAUCAGCAGAACACCAGACACUGCCGGGAUCAGCGGGAUCAGCAGAGACAGUACCAGGGCAACCACGGUCCACCAUUCUCAGGGAGACAAGGUCACCAUGGUUAUAACCAAAACAGGCGAUGGCAUCAGAACCAGAGGCACACACAGAAUGACCGAGAACUGUACAGAAAUGCCAAAGAGACUGAGACUGGGAAAGAGGACAGACAAUUUUCAGAGAACGGAGCUGAGCCUCAGCGGAAUGAGGAGGUAGCCAACCAUCAGUCUCAGCAGUUGAUUCUUGAAUCUGAAACAAAGCUCAGGAACAGUGUCCUGGAUGGUGUAGGGGAUAAGGCCAAGUGUAUUCUAUUGCCAUCUUCCAAAGAUAGACUGAGACGACGACUUAAAGAAAAGUACCCGUGCAUUAUUCUUCAUCGAGAUCAGGAAGAAGUAACAGUGGAACCAGCCAAUCCCCAGAAGAGCAAUAUGGGCAAGUUGAUUGAGAUUUUGAACAGUAUGAGGAACAACAGCAGUGAUGUGGACUCCAAACUUGCAACUUUUAUGGAGGAGGCACAGAACUCUGCCAACUCAGAAGAGAUGUUAAGUGAGAUUGUGAAAACUAUUUACCAGAAAGCUGCAACAGACAGGAGCUUUGCUUCAACUGCUGCUAGACUGUGUGACAAAAUGGCUCUUUUUAUGGUGGAAGGAACAAAGUUCAGAAGUCUCCUACUGAACAUGUUGCAGAAGGAUUUCUCUAUGCGGGACAAACUGCAGCAAUCUGAUGUGGAACGGUGGUUGGGGUUCAUUACGUUUCUGUGUGAAGUGUUUGGGAUCAUGAGAAGCAGCAAAGGAGAACCAUUUAGAGUCCUUGUUGGCCCCAUUUAUACAUGCCUUAGGGAAUUGCUGAAUUCAGAAGACAUGAAAGAAGAUGCCGUUCUUUGUUGUUCCAUGGAGUUGCAGAGUACAGGCAAGCUUCUGGAAGAACAGUUACCAGAAAUGAUGGUAGAACUCCUAGCAAUAGUACGUGAUAAGAUGCUUUGCCCAACAGAGUCAGCACUGACACGGUCUCUUCUUCUUGAGGUUAUUGAGCUGCAUGCCAACAGCUGGAACCCUCUGACUCCUACUAUUGCACAGUACUACAAUAAGACAAUCCAGAAACUGACAGCAUGAACUAAAGAUAAAAAACAGAAGACAGAAAUAAAGGGAAGACGCUGUAAACCACCUGUUUUCUCUUAAAGGGGGAAGAAAGGAAUCUCAGAUCUUGCUGAUGAUACCCAGCAUGCUUAAGUAUUCAUUCGCGGUGAAGAGCAUUUCUGUUUUCAGUCAUGUGCCAAGCACCCUUUUGUGUGUUCCUUCUGUAAAUACUGAACAUAACUCUUUAAGCCAUGGACUUGUUUAUGUAAGAGAGCAUUCAGAGGAGGAUUUAAAGCCAGACUGAUAUUGUGUUUGUGAUUGUGUUGGCACAUACUGGACUGCUGUCAAGAAAUAACAUGUAGCAGAUAUCUUCAGAAGGCAAGAAAGGAUAUGGUCCACAAAGGCACUAAUGGCUGAUCAUUCAAGCAGUGCUGCUUGCACCUUUCCCCACAAAAACUAACCUUUGAAAUGUUUGAAACCUGAUUUAACUUAAUAUUAGUAAUGUUGCACGAGUUAUAUAUAUUUUUUAAAUUAUUUGCACAUUUUUUUUAUGGUGGAUGUCAUUGCUUUCAAAUGGAAAUGUUUGCUAACUUACACACACAAAAGUAGAAAAGCAGAUCAAAGCUGUAGAGAUUAAACUUACUAAGCGUGUAUUAGCUGAUCCCCAGAGUCAGACGAUCUUUAACAUUUUUAUGAAGAAAAUUCUUUUUAUAAUUGGGCUUGAAUGUCACUGCAAGAUUUCACUAAUAAUGGGAUGGUAUGUGGGAAAACAGAACGGUUUCAUUAUUACAGAAGCAAAUUGCCAAAUCAGACAUUGCAGAAAGUCUUGUUGCUGGCUUAAAUUGAGGACAAGUUUCUAGAAGCCAUGCUUCAUGCAAGGAAUGGUGUGAUUGUUGAAGUCAUGGAUUUCAUGGUUGUUGCUGCAGCUUCUUUUGGCUUCAGUCUAGGAUUUUAGGUGUAAUUUUCCUAGCUGCCAAAAUCUGUAACUUGAUGCUGAGACUAAGCAUAUUUAUAAGUUGAGGUAUGCAUUAUUUUUUAUAUAAAGGUGGAAGUUGGAGAACUGUUUAGCUAUCUAGCUAGGGUUUCAAGUAUUUAACAAUAUUGUUCCAUUACCAAGUAUUAUUAGUACAUUUUAUGGUGUUGUAUUUACUGCUUACUUUUUUCCUUUUUGUUUAGUCGUGUUUUUAAUGUAAGUCUCCUUUAGUGGUCUGUUACAUUGUAGUUUGGUGUUAGGUUGUGCAGUUCUCUGAACAAUCAGAAAAAGAAAUAUCACUGCCAAACCUUUACCUUAUUUGCUCAUUAGGUGCAACCAGGGAAUGUCAUAGUUUGUCCUUGCCACAGAUUGGAUAUUUACACUGCUGAAUUCUGGUGUUUUUGUAAAAAUCUGCAGAAUAGCAUAAGGGCUGUUUCCUUUUUAUGCGCACAGCAGUGGUGAUUCAUUAUGAAACUUUUUUGUGUUAAACUGGGUGAUAGUGGGUUGAAACAAACUAGUACAUGCUGGUCAGUUUUAAUAUUUGGUGACAGCAUUAAUAAUAUAAGGUCUACAUCAAAAAAACAACUGUUUUAAUUUUUGUGAAUUUGUUGCAGUACUUUAAUAUAUCAUAUGAAGUAUGCUUUAAUUACACAGUUGUUAAAUGAUGUUGCUAUUUCAUAAAGGGUAAACAUGGCUUAUUUUAUGGCUCUACAUGCAUUAGUGUACUCAGCUUCACGUAGAACUGGCACUAUUUGUGUAUUGAUAUUUGGCUUUGAGCAUGAGAGUUGUGCUUUAAAGUAAUUUUCUUUGUCACACAUUGGAUAGUGAUAAUUUAUUCUUUAUAUUAAGUAUCAUCUUGAUUUUUCAAACUGAUCUAAAAUUGCAUUUAGAUCUUCAGUCAUCGGUUCCCUUUUCUGUUGGCUGGGUUAAAACAUGAAUCUCUUAACCAUCACUUUUUUUUUGUCAGUCACUACUUAAUUUCAGUGUUUGUCAGGCAUCUAUUAUUUGUUUUAUAUACAAAGUGUGUCCUUGGUAAGGAGUUGCAGCCACUGCUUUCUGUCUGGUUCCAAGUUCUUGUGUAUCAGAAUAUAACGAACACACCAUUAUACUCAGUUUCAGAUUUAAUGUGUAACACCUUUUAUCACAGAUGAAAAGUUUAUUUGUUGUGACUCUGCUUCCUUUUAUGAAGAGCUCCAUUAAUGAUGCUUUCAAAACAGUUAAGGUGUCGAGUUAGUAUGAAAGAAAACCGAUUAAGCAGGUACACUUUGUUCUGAAACCACCAGUGAACUGACUAAUACAUGAUUUUCUGCAUCUUGCCCUCACAGAGGUUGGGACAGUUUUUGGAUUUUGUUAAACGAAACUUUGAGCCAGCACAUUUACAAGAAUAAAACAUUUCCCAUC